AGACGAGCUUGAUUAACUGAACAUUGGGCCGUUACAAAGCGUCUGUGCACAAAACGCGCAGGACAGUGUUUUUUCAACUUGCUCUAGCGCUGUCGUUUUGACCGCAACAAUCUAGAGAAGUCUGAGGUUCUGCGAGGGUGGAGAACUUCCUUUUUGUAUAACAUUAUCAAAAUGCAGUGGAAAGCAGCAAUAAUAUUUGUCAGUGUACUUGCAGGCAUAGUGGCCCUGGACGCAGGUGUUCAAGCUGCCCCGUCAGCCACGGAAAUAGCCCCGGAAAAGUGUGAGCCAGCCACCGAUUACAGAUUUUUUAUCUGGCGACGAAUUUACCAGCCAUGUCAGUACCUCUGCGCUGGAUUGUUCGUAGCGUUCGAGAAUGAAGACGAUGGCACGCCGUGUUCGACCCUGUCGGUGCCUGACGGAGAGUGCUUAAAGGGCAUUUGCGUUGCUGCGCCCGAGACACCUACCACGACGGUCGUUAGCUCCACAACAGUGGCUUUCAAGGACGAGCCAGGGACCACUUCAGAGAACUUUCAAGCAACAUUUGACACAGUUGAACCAGGAAACCUGAGUUCUGAUAACGUCCACGAUGAAAGUGAAAGCGAAACAACCGAGUUAGCGGCAGAAGCGAGCGUCAUAAAUGACGAGACGGGUAACUUCGAAAACACUACGGAAGAUGACGAAAACAGCAAGAGUGCUGCUGCAGAAGACGCGAAACUUGUAGAAGACCGCUCGAUGGCAGCUGAAACAGAGGAACUUGACUCUGACGUCACUGUUGAGGAGGAAGAGAGCGGAUUCCUGUCCGAAACUGUUGCACCACAGGAUGCUCAAGGCGACGACGAGGAUGCAGAGACACAGCGCUCGUUCUAGACGCUUUCCAGUUGACACAGUUGUUCAUGAAACUAUGGAUGCGUUUCUUUCGUUAGAACGCUAUCUAUGACUGCAAAAGCGGCAACGCGACUCGCUGUAGUUUGAAACCUACAAUAGUGCUCAGACCAAGAUUAUCAAAUAAAGAAGUAAAUGGAAGCC